AUGGACUUAUCAGCAGUACUUAACUCCAGCACACAAGUCCGAAGUGGUACAGGACCGGUGCGGAACGCGCUUCCCAAACCUCAUCUCGUCGGACGAUUGCCCCCCCCCCCAAACAGUCCAUUCCCAAAUCCAUUGGACCAUUCCGUGUGAUCAGUUCUUAA